UUGAGCCACUUCCGGCUUGGCUUCACUUUUCAGUCCCGGGCCAAAUGCUUCGUCCGCUUCUUAUCGGCGGCCGAGCGGUGCUAUCUCAUGGUCUUCUCAUAGACAGCCCGUGGGUGAUAUCCUUGUUUCGGUGUGAGCACGUGAAUUCUUCCGCAGUGCGUUUCAGUUUAUUAAAGUUGAUUUUAACACCGCGUCUUGUUGUGUGAGAUGUCCUGCUCAGCCUACGGGUGUUCAAGGAGACAUGCGAAGGGCUCGGACGUCAACUUCUUCCGAUUUCCUCUAGGUGAUAUUGAAAGGCUGAAGCAGUGGUUGCUGAACGUGAGAAGAAGUAACUGGAUCCCGUCUAAAAGUUCUCGUCUGUGCAGUACGCACUUUAAGGAGGACCAGCUCUUCAUAGACAAGGAGGGCAAGAGGAGACUGAAGGAGACGGCCGUGCCGACCAUCUUUGUGUUCCAGAACCAUUGGCUGAUAGAGGAUGUAACGAACUCGCCCACACGGACUGACCUGCUGCGCUUAACCGACCGUGACAACGGACCGCGUGACCUCGCCCACGCGGAGCAAGCGCCCAUUGAGGCGGACGACGUCGACGCCGCUUUCAACGACGUCCUCGACGAUGACAUCGUCCGGGUCAUCGUCGGCGCGGACGUGGACGAGGUCGUUUCCGAUGACGCGACGGAGGCGAGCGUGAGCUCGCGGUCGGCGCUGCACGACCACAGCUACCGGAGUCUGAAGCGAGAGCAGAGCUACGCGAGCGCCGACCACAACUACAUCGUGUCCGGCUCUCCCCGGACGCUGAAGCGCAGAGUGGACGCGGCGCAGGAGCUGCUGCUGCUGGCGCACAAGAAGCUGAAGUUGAAGUGUCAGGAGACGAGGAGAAUGAAGUCCAGACUCUUGUCCAUGAGGAAUCUGACGAAGGAGCUGAAGAAGAAGUUGAGUGCGGUGGAGAAGGCGCUGGCAGCCGUUCAUAAAUAAUGGAGGUCUGGCUCAGAGCCAGGGGAGGAAAUGUACAUGUUAUUUUAGGGAGAAAUUCUUGGGGGCACUUUUUAAACUUUGUUCAAAAAUACCAGAAAUACUAAAUAUACUUAUUUAGGGUUACAGUAUAUGAGCAAUCGUCAUAUAAAUGGCAAUAAUACGACUAUUAGGCUGUAGUCUUAAUAGUUUGUGGACCGGCUCAUAUAGGCUACGAUGUUUUUGACAAGUUCAUUAAAUUACCAUAAUUAUUAGGGGAAAUUAUGGGGGCAUUUGUUCCUCUCCUCCUAGUGAUAUCAGGGGAAACAUGGUAUUUCUCAAGGGCAGUUUUGCCCUUUGCCCUCGUGUAGCUCAGAGGUCAAAGCUCAGAGGUCAAAGCUUAGGGGAAGAAGCUCUUCGGAAGUCUGAUAAUGUUUAAAGUCUCUUGUAGAGAUGCACAAAUUGCAAUUUUAUUAUCUGCAAGGCUCCAGACUGUAUAUACUGGGUGUAUUUUUUCAAAUAUAUAUAUAUAUUUUUCUUUUUUAUAUCACUGUCUCUGAACCUUCCUGAAAAUAAUUUCCAGCUGUCCGGAAGUCAUUGUGUGUUGUAUUUGUUUCCACUUUACUCUGUUAUCCCCCUCUGGUGGUUAUUUGCAUACAACACACAUUUCAAAUGAAUUGGAAAUAAAUUAUUGUAUUUUAUUUUAAACUACUUGCUAUAUUUUCCACAAAAAAAAUCUUGUCAUUCCUUGUUGUAUUUUGGUUUUAUGAGCUGCUUCGAGCGAGUGUCGGGAAGUUAAUAAUAUUUCAUAAUACCCUCUUAUUCCUGUUUUAUAUUACUGAUAAAACAUCUCCUUUUUAAACAGCUGUAUUAAGGUUCCUCCCCAAUUGAACACAUCAUGUUAUCGUACUUCACGUUUGCCCAACACUCCUUUUACACUAGUGGAGCUUGAACGCAUCACAUUCAAGUCAAUGCAACGACCUCUCUGAAUAAGUGAUGCUUGAGGAACGGCACUCUGACAUUCACUGUCAUAAAUACAUUGCUGGUAAGUCUGAACAAUAUUAAGUGUCGCGUAAAAAAAAAAAGUCUAACACUCAUCAGGCAUGUGGGCCACGGUUGAGGCUAAAAAAAAGCUGAAUUUGUUCUUUAAAGGAGUGUUUAGGAGUUGGUUCAUUCUGAGCUGUGGCAGAGAAACAUGGAGGACGCCCUCCAGGUGAAGGUCGUAUCCUGAGGUCACGACAGCAGGAGGACUAUAAUGUGGCUGUUGAAUAAAUUAAUGAAUAUUG